AAAUUUGUUGGAUCAUCCAAAUGUUAUUUAUAUCGCCAAGUCAAAUCCAAACGCAAUUCACCAUUGGAGUAGUGGAUCAGAAGUUGGGAUAAUACAUAAAGCUAACGUUGAAGGAAAGAUUCCUUGCAAGGAAGACUUUUUUGACGAGAAUCCUGAUAUUCAAAUAAUUGCGUUACCGCUCCGACCCGGUUUUGUGGAAGGAUUUGUAGAUGAUGGAAUUGUUUUAUUACCUAUUCUUAACAUCCCAUCAAGCGUUGGUUAUAUAGAACUUAAUAGCAAUAAUCCAUUCGAUCAACCAAAAAUACAUUUAAAUUAUUUUGAAAAAUCCGAAGACUUAUACAGAAUGAUUAGUUCACUUAAGUUGUGUCGUGAAUUACUUAAGCAACCACCAUUGAGUACUGUUUAUAAUGUUAAUGAAAUUGAGAUUAAUGAACGGAGUACCAACGGGGAUGAUAUUAGCGAUGAAGAUUGGGAAAAGUUUGUUUUGGAGAUGUCAACUACAACAUUCCAUCCAAGUGGAACAGUAAAAUCGGCACCAGAAUCUAAAGAUGGAGUAGUAAAUCAUCGACUUCAAGUUUAUGGUACGAAAAAUCUUCGAGUCGUUGACGCUUCGGUAUUUCCAUAUAUUCCAAGUGGAAAUACAAAUGCACCUACAGCUAUGGUUGCCUGGAAAGCUA